CUUCAUCUAGCUCCUUGUUAAUCAUGAAAAGGUCACUUCUCAGUCCUAUCAAAACCAAACCUACUCUGAUGAAAUUCAUUUUAGUCUUCUCUUCAUUUUUUGUCAUUUCUCUCUGUGUAUCCAUGUUACUCCUAGCCACACCAAAGAUAAUAGACGUGCAUUCUUCACUACUAUAUGUGUAUGAACCUACCACUGUUGAUCAACUUGUGUUUGGAAUUGCUUCAAGUGGGAAUUCGUGGCCUAAGAGAAAGGAAUACAGCAGGAUGUGGUGGAAUUUGAAUCCCAAUAAAACAAUGAGAGGAUGUGUUUUCGUAGAUACCCUCCCACAUGAAGAAAAUCUCAACAAUGAUGGUUCUCUUCCUCCCCUUUGUGUCUCUGAAGACACUUCCCAGUUUCUCUACACUUACAAGCCUGGAGGUCUAAGAUCAGCAAUCCGUGUGGCACGUGUUGUCAAAGAGACUGUGGCAUUGAACCAUUCUGGUGUUAGGUGGUAUGUGUUUGGGGAUGAUGACACCAUUUUCUUCCCUCAAAAUCUGCUCAAAACUCUUUCCAAAUAUGAUCACAGACUUUGGUACUAUGUUGGGUCCUACUCAGAGAUUUAUGAGGGCACUCAGGUUUUUGGUUUUGGAAUGGCCUUUGGCGGAGGUGGUUUUGCGAUCAGUUCCUCCCUGGCACAAGUCCUAGCCAAGGUUCUUGAUUCAUGCAUACAAAGGUAUCCACAUCUGUAUGGAAGCGAUGCUAGGGUCUACUCUCAACCAAAAAAUCACUGCAACAUUUAUUUGAAGCUGUUCAUGUCGAUUCCGAGAGGAUCCUGCAACAAACAGUUUGUUACGAAAAGAGGUUGUCAUGGACAAUUUCAGUUUCAUGGGGCUAUGCUGUUCAAGUGUUCCAGAACAACAUGGUUUUGCCAGAGGUUGUGAGAGUGGAGAAAACAUUCAAACAAUGGAAGGAAGGAAAUGUUUUGUUAGGAACAUAUACUUUCAACACAAGAGAACUUCACCCUGACCCAUGUAAAAGACCCACCAUUUUCUAUCUAGAUAAAGUGUCUUCUGGCAAAGAUGGCAUCACAAGCAUUUACAGGAAACAUUUUCAAAAUUGCACAUACAAGGGACCAAUGCAGAAAUUGAACGUGAUCAAAGUUGCUACAAAUAAGUUAUACAUUGACAACAAACAGACUCCGAGAAGGCACUGUUGUGAUGUGUUGCCCUCUAAUGCUGGUGACUUAAUGGAAGUUGCAAUCAGAGAAUGCAGAUAUGAAGAACUGAUUUACAUGCACUGACUGACGUUAAACUAUUGAAGACUGCUGCUUAUAGAGAAAGCAAGAGAUUGCGUAAGGAAACUUGCAAUCUAGAAUUGAAACUUUCAUACUUGCUUACACAGCUUUUAUUGAAAUUGUAACGAUUGACACUAAUUCAAUGUAGUGUCUCUCGGCAUAAUUUUGUUUUAAAGAGUUCAUCUAUCAGAUAGGUUCAACAUCAACAUAAAAACACCAACAAUGUAGUUUUAGGAGUUUUCCCUUCCAAGAGUGUUUUUUGUGGAUAUUUUUUCCAUCUCUUUUAAUCAAUAACAUUUUC